CUCUUCUUCUUCUUCUUCUUCUUCUUCUUCUUCUUCUUCUGUCUGGGAGUGUUAACAAGGGCGUGCUCCAGGGCCAAGAUAUAUAUGGAACUACCCCAUGGAUAGUAACAUGUCUACUGCCGCCUUCAUGCACCGAUCCGGUGGCUCUUCCAGCGCAUCUAGUGCUGGAACGGGAUCAUCGAACGGUGCAGGUCCUGGAAAUCCGGUGGGAGGCGGCAGAAUGGCCGUCAUCGGCGUUACCAGGAACGUUAGAUUGAGACGUCGAGGUGCAUCCGGUUUCGGCUUCUCAUUGCGAGGUGGUAGAGAAUACGCUGCUGGAUUUUACAUCAGUAACGUUCAACCUGGUGGCGAAGCUCAUAGAAACGGAUUGAGGGUAGGUGAUCAAAUCCUCAGGGUAAAUGGAUAUCCAGUUGAAGAUGCCGUACAUCAGGAAGUUGCCCUUUUGGUGAAAAAUCAGCAGGUCCUCGUGCUGAAAAUCCGAAGCGUAGGGAUGAUACCGGUGAAAGACAAUCCAAACGAUCCGGUUACCUGGCACAUGGUGCAACAGCAGCAACAACAGCUGCAGUACAACGAGACUGGUGUGGGAGCCGUUUCAAACAGUGAAGUUAGGAUCCGAAUACUCGUCGGUGAGAAAGGUCGUCUUGGCUGUGGUGUUUGCCGAGGCAUCGUACCUGGCCUCACCGUUCAGGGUACAAGGGAAGGUGGACCGGCUCGAGCAGCUGGCUUGAAAGCUGGUGACGUGAUCGUUUGGUGCAACGGACAACGACUGACGGAUCUUCCCUUCGAGAGAGCCAUAGAGGUAAUGAGAGGAUCGGCUGUCCUUGAUCUGAUCGUUCAGCGACCAGCACCCAAUCAUCUCUACGAUUGUCCGGAACCACUCUGGACUCGAGGUUCGAGCGGUUACGAUUCCGAAACUUCGAGCAUCGUGGCGACUAGUCCGUCACCUUUACAAAAUCCUUCUUCGUCUCCCCAACAUCAUCGAGAUCCUAGAAUGCAGGCACGAUAUCCAAGAGAAGAUAACUGCAAUCGAAACGGCAGGAUCUGCUGCCCCCUCGCACUGUCCACCAGCAGCUGCACCUCCUCCGAAUGGUCUCACGUGGAUCAGGCACAGGAAUGGAUACGAAAAGCGAAUAACACGACUGUCAUUCGUGUGAACCAGAACCAGGGGCUAGUGCAGAAUCAAAAUCACAGACAAGUACCACCGGGUCAUCGUCGUUUGAAUUCCCGUGGGAAUUACGAAGACGAGAUCGACAAUGAGCCUCUCUACGAUCCUGUAGCACCAAGGAUCGACUACGAGGUACACGACUUCGAUGCAAAUCCAAGGGACGAAGCCAAUCGUCGUUUAGCCUAUCGACGCGACAACAUCAGACAGCAGGACGUCAUUUACGAUGGCCCUGCGGACGAAUUGCCCCUUUAUCAUGCUUCCAAGGAAAACGAACACCACGAUGUUAAUCGAUUGGCAGAGUUGCAAUUGGUGCAGAGACAGAACGAAACGGAGAGGAAGACGAUAACGACUGUGGAGGUUCAUCAAUCCAUUUGUCCUCCGGCUCCCCCACCACCUCUUCCAUAUAAAUGGCCAGCAGACGCUAAGCCUAUGAACGCGAUGGGAAUGCAAAUGGGCAGCACAAUGUCGAUGGGUAGCACAGGAUCAACGGAAACCGAAUCCAGUCUCGAGUCUUCCUGCAGCAAGGAUUCGGCAUCCACUUCUUCGUCCUUGUCAACGUCGUCCUGCGAGCCACCCUCUUCUACUAUCUCCUUUGGUUCAACCACUGCCGCAUCCACUGGAUCAAACAAGACCAACGAAAGCUCGUCAAUUACUACACGUGGAUCGAAUCUACGAACGUCGCCUAUAGCCAGCACAGAUCUAAGCACUGCCAUAACUCAAGAAUUGCAGAGGCGAGCCCAACAGAGAAGUAUGAACGCAGCUAAAACGGAAGCUUCGAAGGAGAAAACAUCCGAACCUCGGAAAGCACCAAAUCCAGAAGCACUUAGGGCGCAGGAACAAAAAGUGACGCACGACAAGCUAAUGGAAGAGUUCAAGCGAGCGCAUCGAAAGAUGUUCAACGCCGCGCAGCAGAGGGUCCAAUUUUCAGAUCAAGUUACCGAGCCGGAGCAGGAGAAGAGGGUGCUCACAAAUGGCUCCAACACCACGAAUUCUACGAAUGUAAGCAACGCGACAAAUGCAACGAAUGCAACGAGCAAUACGACUACAACGAGCAAUACGAAUAACAGCACAACGUCGGCUCCACCACCAGCACCUCCGCUUCCUCUUCCAAUAAAAACUACGACGAGCGAGGACUCCGUGGAGAUGCAAAGUAUCGAAUCGUUUAAAUUGAAAGACACACCAAAUCCAGUGAUACCUAAACCACCACCGACAUACUUCCCGCUCUCGAAUUCUUCCUCGCCGGCGUCUAACGGAAGUCCACGUCACUCUGCUACCGGAAACAAGACGCAGGUAAUAAAGGAAAAGGAUCCAUCGACGAGUCCUGCUAACGAGACGAACAAAAAUUCCACUGCAAACAACAACGCUGUUUCGCCAAAUGGUACUGCCGGUCCGCCUAAGCCAACCGUUGGAAAGGUCGCCAUUAGGAUAGGUGCUUACGAAGGUGAAGCUAAACAACCUGCCAAGCUUGAUUUCUUAGCGCAACAACCUCGAGCGGAGAAGAAUGGAACGGACGAAGCUAACGGACCGGUUGUGUCCAGACUCCAAAACGAACUGGCUGCUACUUUGCAGAGAUCUAACCUACGAAGAAAGACGGAAGGAGAGAAUCAAACGCCUGCUAAGUCAAUACCAGAGAACACGGUGAUGUCCGAGAAAGAGACAACGAAUCCAGAACCCAACAAGCUUCCUCAGAGCACGGUAGAAAAAUUAGCCUCGGCACUAGGCAACAAAGUCACGAUCAGAAUAAAUCCUGAGGACGGUAGCCGAUAAGAGGAUAUAUAAACGUACAUAAAUACACAUGCAUAUCGCGGAGCUCUUGAGACUUUGUACAUUUUUUUCCACCUCGUUCCAGCACACCUGAUUCGACUUUAUUAUAUAGAUAUAUAGAGAAGAAACGAAAGAAAAAAAAAGGCGCUCCACCGAAUCGGUGAACAUCUUUUUUACGCGUACGUCUUUUUUAUAUGUUAUUUAUUACCAAUAUCGUAAUAACGAAUAAGGAACGAAAUAUUAAUCCUUAUUAAUCGAGGCAAGACACCGCGUGAGACACCAUUUACCGCACACGCUGGGUUCAUGCCUUUAAAUAUAGUCUUCUUCGACUGCGGCUAUGUACGAAACCUAGACUAAGUAUCAAACUGAUAAAUAAAGGCGUUUUAACGCAUCACGAAAGUAAA